AUGAUUGAACGAGUACAGGUUAGGUUUGGGGAUUUAGUGCAGUCCAGAGAUCUCAUAAUGAAGCCUCCAAGGGUCAACCAAUGUGAGGUCCACGGAGAAUUCAGUGUGGACUGGAAAUAUCGGAUUCAUUCUGUGCGACUAGCCAACCGAACACGUAGAAUUACUUGUCUGAGCAUCGUCGACAAGUGGGCCUCGAGCUUCACGAUGGGACAUAAGGCUUUUCAGGGUGGUCUGUGUCGUAGACAAAUUCGUGAGCUAUUUGUCGCGAAGACAAAUACCGUGUAUUCUUCAUCACGUUUCCGUCGAUCCAGCCAAUCUGAAGAUCGAUCUGGCCUAUUUUGGUAUCAUCGGCGGUAUGGUGACAAGGCACAAGCCUGUAAAUACCCAUGUGGUCAUUCCCAGGCCUUCAGGCAGCCCAGUUUAGCUUCGGACAACGAGACGGCCGGCCAGUGA